CGUAAAUUUCGCGUGAUUGAGUUUGGUGGAAACAAAAAAAGAACGAGAAAGCUUCGAGAAAAUAUUUGUAUGAAGCUUGAGAGCUAAUAUCUCCGUGAAUUUAUCUCGUCGACUUUUCUCGGAAAAAGUAAAAGGUUGAAACUUUUUUGGUCUCUCUCUGGUCAAAAUUCUGGGUUUGGUUGAACGCACCGACGACAAAUCGCAUUGUCAACAUUUGGAUCUGGCCAACAAUCAUUAGCACCAACUCUUCCCCUUUUGUGCUGUCUCGAAAACGUGUAAUUGAUCUCGUGGCAUUGUAGUAAGAAGCUUUAAUUUAAUUGGUCCUCCAAGGAAAUUGCAUCGAAGUCAGCUCCAAAUUUUCGAUCAGGGUUGUUGAGCUUUUGUGUUAAAGUUUCGAUCUUUAUCGAAUUUCAGCAAAAAGCUGUAGAAUCGGCAAUUUGGUUCUAUUGAGUAUCUGAUGAAAUGAGAAGCAAAAGAUAUGGUUGGAAUGAUUCGAGGAGGAAUGGGUGAUCAGAAUUGGAGUCGUUUAGUUUUCUGGUUGAUUCUGUUUUCUGGGUUAUUGGUAAUAACUUUGGAAGAGAAUCCAGAAAAAGAUGAGAUUUUUCUUAGUCAAUUCAUGGCCCCAUCAACAGGGCAGGUCAAUGAACAUAUGGAAGAAACAUCAUGGGCGCAGCGUUGUUGGCAAGAUUCAGAUUGUGUGAAGGAAGCUGUGGCAGAAUUCAAUUUAUGUUUUCCAGGAUCAAAGGAUAGUAGGGAACUAUUUGGUUUGAACCAUACCAAUCUGAAGCAGACUCUUCUUGAUUGUAUCCAAGAAAAAGGAAAGUUAAAUGGUCAUAACCCCAAGUAUCUGGAGCUCUUAUCAUCUAUGCUUGAUAUUCCGAGGAGAAAUCUAGCUACUAAACCCGGCUCUUCCCCUUCCCCUUCACCUUCCCGCCCUCCUAAGCGUAGUCGGGGGCCUCCGCGCCCACCUACUCGACCAAAAUCCCCACCUCCUCGGAAAUCAUCUUUUCCACCAUCAAGAUCUCCCCCUCCUCCUCCUGCUAAGAAAAACGCUUCUAAAAAUUCAACUUCUGCACCUGUUUCACCUGCGAAAAAAAAAGAGGAUCAUGAGAAAACAAUCAUCAUUGCUGUUGUUGUGACUGCAGUUUCUACGUUUUUGUUGGCUGCAUUAUUCUUCUUAUGCUGCUCCAGGGUUUGUGGAAAUGGUUCAGGAGGCAGGAAAAACGAUGAAAGGCCUCUUCUCAGUUUAAGCAGUAGUGAUUACUCUGUUGGUUCCUCCAUCAACUAUGGUGGUUCGGUCAAAGGAGAUAAGCAGGGUCAUCAAUCUUUUAAUAUUUACUCAAACCAAGGAAAAAUGUCAUCUUUCGAUGGAAGUAACUCUGACACUUCAGAUUCGUUAGAAGAACGGCUAUCACACGAAGGCCUGAGAAAUAAUAGUAUUACCAAUCACGGGCUUCCACCUUUGAAGCCUCCACCUGGAAGAACAGCUUCUGUACUUUCAGGGAAGUCUUUUUCUGGAAAAGUGGAGCCUCUUCCACCGGAACCACCCAAAUUUCUUAAGGUAUCCUCGAAAAAGGCUUCUGCUCCUCCACCGCCAGUUCCAGCACCGCAAAUGCCAUCUUCUGCUGGUCCUCCACGACCGCCCCCUCCAGCUCCGCCACCUGGUUCUGGUGGGCCUAAGCCACCACCUCCUCCUGGACCAAAAGGACCACGUCCGCCUCCACCAAUGAGUCUGGGCCCAAAAGCACCCCGACCGCCUUCUGGGCCAGCAGAUGCAUUAGAUGAUGAUGCUCCCAAAACAAAGCUGAAGCCAUUUUUCUGGGAUAAAGUGCAAGCAAACCCAGAACAUUCAAUGGUUUGGAAUGAUAUAAGAUCAGGAUCCUUUCAGUUCAAUGAAGAGAUGAUAGAGUCGUUAUUUGGAUAUGCAGCAGCAGACAAGAAUAAAAACGACAAGAAGGGGUCCUCUGGACAAGCUGCUUUACCUCAGUUUGUUCAGAUCCUCGAACCAAAGAAAGGACAAAAUCUAUCAAUUCUUUUGCGUGCUUUGAAUGCGACAACUGAAGAAGUGUGUGAUGCACUUCGCGAAGGAAAUGAGCUUCCUGUAGAAUUCAUUCAGACUCUGUUAAAGAUGGCACCAACACCAGAAGAAGAACUAAAACUUAGAUUAUACUGCGGUGAAAUAGCUCAACUGGGAUCCGCUGAACGAUUCCUGAAAGCAGUCGUUGAUAUCCCUUUUGCUUUCAAGCGUCUAGAAGCACUUCUAUUUAUGUGUACACUCCAUGAAGAAAUGGCUUUUGUUAAAGAAUCAUUUCAGAAAUUGGAGGUUGCUUGUAAAGAACUUAGGGGAAGUCGGCUGUUCCUGAAGCUCUUAGAGGCAGUUCUUAAGACCGGAAACCGAAUGAAUGAUGGUACAUUUAGGGGUGGUGCUCAAGCUUUCAAGCUGGACACUCUUUUGAAAUUAGCAGACGUCAAGGGAACAGAUGGGAAAACAACGCUCCUCCACUUUGUUGUUCAAGAGAUAAUUAGGACUGAAGGUGUAAGAGCGGCUCGUACUAUCAGAGAGAGCCAAAGUUUCUCAAGUGUUAAAACAGAGGAUCUCCUAGUCGAGGAAACCUCUGAAGAGUCAGAAGAGAAUUACCGUAAUCUUGGACUUGAGAAAGUUUCAGGCUUGAGCAGUGAGCUUGAACAUGUAAAGAAAUCUGCAAACAUAGAUGCCGAUGGUUUAACAGGGACUGUUCUUAAAAUGGGUCAUGCUUUGUCGAAAGCUCGAGACUUUGUCAACUCAGAGAUGAAAAGUUCAGGCGAGGAGAGUGGGUUUCGUGAAGCGCUUGAAGAUUUUAUUCAAAAUGCUGAAGGAAGCAUCAUGUCCAUACUCGAGGAAGAGAAGAGAAUAAUGGCUUUGGUGAAAAGUACAGGGGACUAUUUCCAUGGCAAAGCAGGAAAAGACGAAGGGUUGCGUUUGUUUGUGAUUGUGCGCGAUUUUCUGAUAAUCUUAGAUAAAUCCUGCAAAGAAGUCAGAGAAGCACGAGGAAGACCCGUAAGGAUGGCCAGAAAACAAGGCUCAACAGCCUCAGCAUCUUCUGAAACUCCAAGACAAACGCCUUCAUUAGAUCCUAGGCAGAAGCUGUUUCCAGCUAUUACAGAGAGACGCGUGGAUCAGUCUAGUUCAGAUUCAGACUAAAAAGUACAAAUCUUUGGUUUCGUUACCUGUUAGGACAUAAUUCAUCUGCUGUUUUGCUGAGAGCUUAUCUUUUCCUGCUGUGAGUGUAAUGGCAUUAACCCUCAAGACAUGUCAGGUUUUAGUCACUGAUUAUGAGUUUUUCAGAUGUAAUUUAAAGAGGCAUAGACACUGUCACUCACUUGUACCAAUUUUUUUCACAUUUAGUCUUAGAAAUACUUUCUUUUCAUAUUUUUUCAAUCUUGUUGGCCAUAGAAUAAUAAUCCUUUGUGUUUUUUUCUUUCUUGUACUAUUACUAUCAACAACAAAGAAAAUCUUUAUACUUCUAC